AUGGCUGAAUUAAAUCGACAGCUCCAGGAAUAUUUGGCUCAGUCUAAAAUCGGAGCGAAGACGAUAUCACAGUCCAGUUCUAGCACAGCAAUAGACAUCGAUGAACCGACUUCGGUGCCAGGGAGCUGGUUCGGCAGGUGGUCGAGUCCGCUCUCUGGAUCCAGCAGCCGUGGAGCGUCAUCAGGCCAAGGAUCGAGCAGCAGCUUCUCGUGGCCGUGGUCAUCAGAACCUGACCCGUGUUUGCCGGGCAUGAGUCAAUCCCAGCGACUGAUCGCGUUCGGAACAUGUAUUUUCUUCUCUGCUCUGUGCUUUGGACUGUCGGCACUUUACGCUCCUUUACUUCUGCUGAAGGCGCGCAAGUUCGCUCUGCUGUGGUCGCUUGGCUCAGUGUUCGCGCUCCUCAGGGCGGCGAUCCUUAAACUCAUUGCGACUCCAACACCGGGAGCGGCAGUGUACCUGUGCUCUCUGGUGGGUACUUUGUAUGCGGCGCUGAGCCUUCACAGCACGCUGCUCACAGCUCUCGGAGCCUGUCUUCAGAUCAGUGCCAUUGUGGGUUACAUCGUGGCUUUGUUGCCGGGUGGGAGUGCCGGUGUUGUGUUUGUGGGUGGCACGGCAGCGUCCGCUAUUAAAAGAACUGUGACCGGUAAGGCCAUGCCUGUAUGA